GGCGUCGAGUGUCCAACGGAUAUGUGCAAUCGUUCGUCGUUAAACUUGAAGAACUGAAAAUGGCCAUCUCUUUCAUAGCUACUUCUCACCUGAAGCAGCCCUAUGCCUCUGCUUCUCUCACUCCUCAGGAACAAGGAAGAACAUGUAGAUACGCUGGUCAAGCAGUGGUUAGAAACCCUCUCUGCUCGAGCUUCUAUCGAAUUGAUUAGAAAUGGGCGUUUAGUUUUUGAUGGAAUUGGUACUUUUGGGUCACAGAGAUCUCUGCCUAUACGGGUAAUAACAGUGGGGAAAAAGAGAUCGGAAGGUGUUCGACUCUUGGUCGAUGAGUACAAAAUCAAGCUUAAACCUUAUUGCUCCUUUGAAGAUUCAUUGGUUCGCUCUAAUCCUCGAAAUGCGCAGGAUGUGAGAGCUCAGGUUGAUGAUGAAGAGGUGGCUAUGAUGAAGCUUAUUGGGUCUGAUGAUUGGGUUGUGGUGCUUGACGAGAGAGGCCGUGACAUUAACUCAGAGCAGAUGGCUGAUUUACUAGGCGAUGCAGGAAAUAGUGGAGCUUCGAGGAUAUCGUUUUGUAUAGGUGGAGCUUAUGGACAUGGAAGACAAGUGAGGAAGCGAGCUAAUGUGACCAUUAGACUUUCCUCCAUGGUUCUGAAUCAUCAGAUAGCUCUUGUGGUCUUGAUGGAACAGCUUUACAGGUCAUGGACUAUUCUCAAGGGACAAAAUUACCAUCACUGAUGAUAUUGACAUUAAAGCUGAGACAAGAUAGGAACCAUUUCAGGCCAUGGCUUAGGCAACGCGACAAGCGGCUCAGCCUUAGCCAUUGCCACACCAAACACAGGCCUCAUGUCUACAUCUCCUUCUUCUAGCUUCUCCCACUCAAAACACUGAACCAAUGCUCCAACAGCAAGCGCCACUGUCCUCAUACCAAAUCCAGCUCCAGGACACGCCCUCCU